AUGUCCUCGUCGCCGCUGCGGCCUGGCGCCGACCUCAAGGAGCAGCUGGAUUGGUACAAGACCCAGUAUGCGCAGCUGGAGACCGAUCUCUCUGACUUCCAGGCGUCGAGUAAGGACCUGGAAGAGCAAUUGGAAAAGGAUGUAGAGACUGCGGAGAAGAACGAGCGCAAAUGGAAGGAACAGGUGGAGAAGUUGAAGUUCGAGGUGGAGGAAUGGAAGACCAAGCACAACAAGGCAAAGACCGAGUCAAACACUGCGCAAAAUGCCUUGCAGAAGGAGAUUACGACUAUGCGCGAAACGACGCGAUCGUUGCAGUUGCAGCUACGAGAUACGGAGGUCAUGAAUGAUGAUUACGAGAGACAGGCGAGGAAUACAGAAACGAGUUUGGAGGAUAUGGAGAGCAAGUAUAACGCUGCACUCGAGCGUGGUGUAUUGCUGGAGGAAACAAUACGCUCGGGAGAACAAGAGCGAGAAGAGCUGCGAAUAGAAACUCAGAGAUUGAGGGACGAGCUGGGAGACCUCAAGAUCGAGAACGAGAUAACACUGGAGAAGCUGCGGCUGGCGGAGGAUACAAUAGACAAUUUGAGAGGCGGCAAGCCAUCUCCAUUGCCGGUGGAUCAUCUGCGUGCGAGGAGUCCAGCGAGCGAGGCAAGCGGUAUUACACCUCUCUCGCCCACAGCCUCAACGCCUCCUCCAAAGUCUGACACGGCUUCAGAUGCGCCAACCCCGCCCUCGCCGCCACUUUCAGACGACCCAACGCAUGGCAAGAGGGAGCAGAAGACACCAGUGCCUGCGAUAAGGAGGAGAUCGCUCAUCCCAGACUCGGCAGCGACACCAAGACCACGUGGUCUGCCUGCCAAGCACUCGCGAGGUCCGUCAGUAGCGUCAACUGCUAGCACUGCCAUGUCAGAUAUCAACAGGUCGAUGAAGCCACCUACCAGCAGACCAAAGCCGGCCCGGCCCAGCAAUGCGCCGAGCAACCUGCCACGCUCCGACUCGCUCUAUCAGAUCCGUGGGUUGAUUGGUAGAAUGCAAAAGAUCGAAGAGCGUGUCCAGAAUGCCCGGUCAAAACUGCCAGCACCCGGUAGCACACCCAGGGGAUCACCUCGAGCAGGGUCCGCUCUAGGCGAGGCCAUCCCUUCGUCAGUCACGGUACGAAGGAGUAGUAAGCGGCCGACUGCCAGCAGAACCUCUUCCAUGGCCGACGACACGUCCAUCAUCGAAGAAGACCCAUCGAGUGGUGCGACCCAACGACGUGAAAGCCACAUCAAGCGGCUGUCAUUUGGGAUCCCUCGCCCUGCAUCCCAGGCGACACACAGAUCAGAUAUUCCGGAUCGACCUCCGUCUGCAAUGGAUCGACCACCGUCAAUGGCAGCGAGCCGGCCCAGCAGCCGCGCGAGUGUGGCGUCUCAACCUAAUCGACCGCCCAGUAGGUCGGGCGCACGGACUGAACUCGGACAUUACUCAGGAACCACAUCGUCAACGUCCGCUGGUACUCACCAUAUUCCUGGACGGCCCAGAUCCAGCCUCGGUGGGAGCUACGCCACGCAUGGCCACCGACCCAGUUCGAGUUUGACAGACGUACGGAGGAGAGCAGCUGAAAGCGAAGACUCAGCCUUGACAGCGACGCCGAGCCGGCGAACAACGCUAGAAAAGAGCGGUAUUCGGGGCCCAUCAGCCUUACCUACACCUUCUGCGCUAAACAAGAGUCAGAACGGGGGAAUCCGACAAAUACCCCGACCCGGAGGUGUUAGGACGAGCAACAACUUCGCGCAAGUGAAAGAAGAGGGCGACGAUGCAGGUGAUAUGAAACCGCCACCUCGGCGGCGGCAGAUGAGCGAAGUAGGCGAGACGUAUUGA